CGGCGGGCAGCUGCAGGCUCGCGCUCCGCCGAGUCCCCGCGCGCGGUCGUCGUUUUCUCCCCGGAGUCACCCGAGCGGCGGCGGCGAGAUGCGUGGCGGAGGCACUAAGCUGGCGCUCCUGGCCUCGCUGUUUUGGGUCUCCACGCAGGGCCAGCAAAGAGGCCUGUUUCCUGCCAUUCUCAACCUUGCCAGCAAUGCUCACAUCAGCACCAAUGCGACCUGCGGGGAGAAGGGGCCGGAGACAUUCUGCAAGCUGGUGGAGCACGUGCCCGGGCGGGCUAUGCGCAAUGCCCAGUGCCGAGUCUGCGACAGCCACAGCGCCAACCCCAAAGAACGUCAUCCAAUAUCGAACGCCAUCGAUGGCACCAAUAACUGGUGGCAAAGUCCCAGUAUUCAGAAUGGGAGAGAAUACCACUGGGUCACCAUCACGCUGGACUUGAGACAGGUCUUUCAAGUUGCUUAUGUCAUCAUCAAAGCUGCUAAUGCCCCUCGCCCCGGAAACUGGAUUUUGGAGCGAUCUCUGGAUGGCAUGGAGUUCAGCCCCUGGCAGUUUUACGCAGUUAGUGACACGGAGUGUUUGACUCAUUACAAUAUAACUCCAAGACGGGGGCCGCCCACUUACAGGGCCGAUGACGAAGUGAUCUGCACCUCGUAUUACUCCAGGCUGGUGCCACUCGAGCACGGAGAGAUUCAUACAUCACUCAUCAAUGGCAGACCAAGCUCUGAUGAUCUUUCACCCAAGUUGUUGGAAUUCACUUCCGCACGAUACAUCCGCCUGCGAUUACAGCGCAUUCGAACCCUCAAUGCCGACCUUAUGACCCUGAGCCACCGAGACCCUAAAGACCUGGAUCCUAUUGUUACAAGACGAUAUUACUAUUCAAUAAAAGACAUUUCUGUUGGAGGAAUGUGCAUUUGUUAUGGCCAUGCCAGUAGCUGCCCAUGGGAUGAAACUACAAAGAAGUUUCAGUGUCAGUGUGAACACAACACCUGCGGCGACAGCUGCAGCCGGUGUUGUCCUGGGUACCACCAGCAGCCCUGGAGGCCCGGCACCGUGUCUUCCGGUAACACGUGUGAGGAAUGCAACUGCCACAAUAAAGCCAAGGACUGUUACUAUGAUGAAAGUGUGGCACAGCAGAAAAGAAGCUUGGACACUGCCGGGCAGCUCAGAGGGGGAGGGGUGUGCAUCGACUGUCUGCAGAACACCAUGGGGGUCAACUGUGAGACCUGCACCGACGGCUACUACAGACCGCACAAGGUGUCUCCUUAUGAGGACCACCCUUGUCACCCCUGUGACUGUGACCCUCGGGGGUCCCUCAGUUCUGUCUGUAUUAAGGAUGACCAUCAUUCUGACAUACACAGAGGGAAGUGGCCAGGUCAGUGUCCCUGCAAGGAAGGUUAUGCGGGAGAAAAAUGUGACCGCUGCCAGUUUGGCUAUAAGGGUUACCCUGCCUGUGUCCCCUGUGACUGCAAUCCAGCUGGCAGCUUGAAUGAGGAACCCUGCUCUGAGUCUUGUCUCUGUAAGGAAAACGUGGAGGGGAGACACUGUGACCGCUGCAAGCCGGGGUUCUAUAACUUGAACGCAAGAAACCCCCAGGGCUGCUCCGAGUGCUUCUGCUUUGGUGUUUCUGACGUUUGCAGCAGCCUCUCCUGGCCCAUCAGUCAGGUGAAAGAUAUGUCUGGGUGGCUGGUCACCGACUUGGUCAGUUCCAGGCAGAUCCCGUCUCAGCAGGACGCGCUGGGCGGGCGUCACCAGAUCAGCAUCAACAACUCGGCGGCGCUGCAGAGGCUGACGUCCAAGUAUUACUGGUCCGCCCCGGAGGCCUACCUCGGAAACAAGCUGACGGCGUUUGGUGGAUUCCUGAAGUACACAGUGUCUUACGAGGUUCCAGUGGAGACGGUGGACGGUGACCUCAUGUCUCAUGCUGAUGUCAUCAUCAAGGGAAAUGGACUCACUUUAAGCACCCAGGCUGAGGGCCUGUCACUGCAGCCGUAUGAAGAGUACCUCAACGUGGUUAGACUUGUGCCUGAGAACUUCCAGGAUCUUAAUAGCAAGAGGGAGGUGGAUCGUGACCAGCUGAUGACCGUCCUGGCCAACGUGACACAUCUCUUGAUCAGAGCCAACUACAAUUCCGCAAAGAUGGCCCGUUACAGGUUGGAUUCUGUCUCUCUGGACACGGCCAGCCCUAAUGUGAUAGACCUGGCCCUGGCCACGGAGGUGGAGCAGUGCGAGUGUCCCCAGGGCUACGCGGGCGUCUCCUGUGAGACCUGCCUCCCUGGCCAUUACCGUGUAGACGGAAUACUCUUUGGAGGAAUCUGUCAGCCCUGUGAAUGCCACGGCCACGCCCCUGAGUGCGAUGUUCACGGCGUCUGUCUUGCGUGCCAGCACAACACCACCGGGGACCACUGUGAGCAGUGCCUGCCGGGCUUCUACGGGCUGCCUUCGCGCGGGACCCCUGGGGACUGCCAGCCGUGUGCCUGCCCCCUCGCCACAGCCUCCAACAAUUUCAGCCCCACCUGCCACCUGGACGACAGGGACGAAGUGGUCUGUGACCAGUGUGCUCCGGGAUACAUGGGAGAUUGGUGCGAGAGAUGCGCAGAUGGUUACUAUGGAAACCCCACGGUGCCUGGGGAUUCCUGUGUCCCUUGUAACUGCAGCGGCAACGUGGACCCCUUGGAGGCCGGGCGCUGUGACUCCGUCACGGGAGAGUGCCUACAGUGCAUCGGGAACACGGGCGGCCCCCACUGUGAGCGGUGUGCUGACGGCUUCUACGGGGAUGCUGUGACCGCGAAAAACUGCCGUGCCUGUGAAUGCCACAGACAAGGCUCCCUUUCUGCCAUCUGCCAUCCUGAGACUGGACUCUGUGACUGCAAACCACACGUGACCGGACAGCGGUGUGACCAGUGCUUGCUCGGCUACUACGGGCUGGACACGGGCCGCGGGUGCCUGCCCUGUAACUGCAGCACGCCGGGCUCCCUGUCGGACGCCUGCACGGAGGAAGGCCAGUGCCACUGCGCUCCAGGCGUGGCCGGGCGAAGGUGCGACAAGUGUGCCCACGGCUUCUAUGCCUACCAGGACGGUGGCUGUACACCCUGCGACUGCGCUCACACUCAGAAUUCCUGUGACCCGGAGUCCGGGGAGUGCGUCUGCCCACCUCAUACCCGGGGCGCAGCGUGUGAGGAGUGUGAGGACGGACACUGGGGCCACGACCCGGAGCUCGGGUGCCAGGCCUGCAACUGCAGUAACGUGGGGUCAGCCAGUCCUCAGUGCGACGUGCUUACUGGCCGUUGCCCGUGUGAGCCUGCAUUCGGUGGCCGGACCUGCGACCAGUGCUCCCUGGGUUACAGAGACUUCCCAGACUGCGUGGCCUGCAACUGCGACCUGAGAGGGACGCUGGCCGACACCUGCGACCAGGAGCAGGGGCUCUGCAGCUGCGCACAGGAAACUGGGACCUGCUUGUGCAAGGAGAACGCCGUCGGCCCGCGGUGCAACGAGUGUCGGGCGGGCACCUUCGCUCUGGCCGCCGCCGCCCCCCAGGGCUGUACCCCCUGCUUCUGCUCGGGGCUGUCACAGCUCUGCGCCGAGGCCCAGGGCUACAUGAGGACCCCGGUCACGCUGAGCUCCAAACAGCCUCGUCUGCAUGUGGUUUCUCAGAGUGACCUCAAGGGUACAACCGAGGGGGUGUACUCGCAGGCCCCCGAUGUCCUCCUGGACGCCGUGACCGUCAGGCGGCAUGUCCACGCGGAGCCCUUUUACUGGCGGCUCCCUGGGCAGUUUCAGGGGGACCAGCUCAUGGCCUACGGCGGGACGCUGCGCUACAGCGUGGCCUUCCACUCUUCCCAUGGGCUCGGCCCCUUCAACCUGGAGCCGCAGGUGCUCAUCAGAGGAGGCCGGGCCAGGAAGCAGGUCAUCUACGUGGACGCGCCCGCCCCGGAGAAUGGAGUGCGGCAGGAGCACAAAGUAGAGAUGAGAGAGGAUUUUUGGAAAUACUUUAACUCUGUUUCUGAAGAACCUGUCACACGCUCGGAUUUUAUGUCCGUUCUUAGCAAUGUUGAGUACAUCCUCAUCAAAGCGUCUUACGGUCAAGGGUUACAGCAAAGCAGAAUCUCAAACAUCUCCAUGGAGGUUGGCAGAAAGGCAGAAGAGUUGCCCCCAGGGAGGGCGGUGGCAUUCCUUUUGGAGAAGUGUCUCUGUCCUCCUGGCACGGCUGGACUCUCAUGUCAGGACUGUGCGCCUGGUUAUCACAGAGGGAAGCUUCCAGAAGGUGAUGGCAGGAGACCCCGGCCUCUGCUUGCUCCCUGUGUGCCCUGCAGUUGCAACAACCACAGUGACGCCUGUGACCCUGAAACGGGGGAGUGUCUGAACUGCAGCCAUAACACCACUGGCGACCACUGCGAGGAGUGUGCCCCCGGGUACUACGGGCAGGUGACCGGCCGGGCCAGCGACUGCUCUCCCUGCUCCUGUCCUCACGGCCUCCCUGCCAGUUUUAGUCCCACUUGUGUCUUGGAAGGUGAUCAUGAUUUCCGCUGUGACGCCUGUUUCCAGGGCUACGAGGGACAGUACUGUGAAAGGUGCUCCACAGGCUACCACGGGAACCCGCACAUGCCAGGUGGUUCUUGCCAGAGGUGUGACUGCAGCCCGCACGGCUCUGUUCACAGCGACUGUGACCGCGGGUCCGGGCAGUGCGUCUGCAGGCCGGGGGCCACGGGGCUCCGCUGUGAGGACUGUGAGCCUAGGCACACGCUGGUGGAAAGCGACUGUGUGUCCUGUGACGACGCGUGCGCGGGGGCGCUGCUGGACGGCCUGGACGCUGCCGGCCGCGCCGUUCUCCCUGUGAACCUCACCAGCGUCAUCCCUGCCCCGCAUGGAACUCUGUCCAGCCUGGAAAAUACGGCGAGCCGUCUCCGGGAAUCUUUACUAAAAGGAAAUACACAAAAGCAACUGGCAAAAACUGAACUUGAAGGUGUCUCAGAACAAACAGAGCACCUGCAAAGGGAGCUCGACAGAGUGUUGGCACGAAGCCAGCACGUGAGCAGGGCCACUGAGAGAGUCCUGAACAGGAGUUGGGACCUCGUGACGUUUACUGAGAAGCUGCGGACAGACAUCCAAGAAAUCAGCGAAAAGGCAACAACUCUAAAUCAGACCUUGGACGAAGAUGUCCAGCUACCCAGUUCUACUUUUUGGAAUAUGCAAAGGAACAUUACAUCUUUGCUGGAAAUUCUGCAGAAAAGGCAUUUCCUGCACUUGCACCAAAAUGCCACCCUUGAACUCAAGGCUGCUGAGGAUUUAUUGUCACAGAUUCAGACCAAUUACCAGAAGCCACAGGAAGAGCUGGAGGUGCUGAAAGCAGCAGCAAACGGCCUCCUCUCGAAACACCACAGUGAGGUGCGGGCGGCCGCGGAGCUGGUGCGGGAGGCAGAGGCGAAGGCGCAGGAGAGCGGUCGUCUGCUGCGGGUCGUCGGCGCCAACCUGCGGGAGCUCAGCGAUCAAAAGCUGCGCGUUCGAGAGGAACAGAACCUGACAUCGGCGCUCUCGGCCGCGGGGAGGGCGCUGCUGGACGCCGCGGCCGCGCGCGCAGGGGCCGCGGGAGAGGCUCUAGCGCAGCUGGAGCGGCACCGGGAUGAGCUGCUUCUGUGGACCGCCCAAGUCAGGCGCCACGUGGACGCCCUGGUCAUGCAGAUGUCCAAGAGGGCGGCUCUGGACCUGGUCUACAGAGCAGAGGGCCGUGCGGCUGAGCUCCAGACACUGGCCAGCGCCCUGGACAGUGGCCUUGGAAAUGUUAGACACGUGUCCCUGAAUGCGACCAGUGCAACCCAUGUCGGUUCAAACAUCCAGAGUCUGAUUGAAGAGUCAGAGAAGUUGGCAAAAGAUGCUCUUGGGACUGUGAGCAAGGCUUACACGGUCUCAGGGGCCCUGCUUUCUAACGGGAGAGCGGCUCUCCAGCGCAGUGCUGAGCUCCUCGAAGAAGGCGACAGCCUGAGCAGGAGGCACCAAGGUAUCACAGUAGAACUGAGCGAACUGAAAAGUACUGCAAACAGAUUUCAAGAGAAUGCUGGUAAAGUUACAAGGCAGACCAGUGAGUCCCUCUGGACACUUAGAGCCAUUCCUGAAGGUAUCAGAGACAAAGGAACCAAAAUCAAAGAGCUGGCCGCAUCUGCAAAUCAGAGCGCUACGAGCACGCUCCAGAACAUCGCGGGGCUGAGCCAGAAGCUGCUGAAUACGUCGACCGACCUGUCCAGGGUUAACGCCACGUUACGAGAAACUGACGACCUUCUCCGUGACUCCUCGGUGACUACUUUGUUAGCAGGAAGAAAAGUCAAAGAUGCGGAAACACAAGCCAACCUUCUAUUUGAUCGGCUGAAGCCUUUGAAGAGGCUAGAAGAGAACCUGGGCAGAAACCUGUCUGAAAUCAAACUGCUCAUCAGCCAGGCCCGGAAGCAAGCGGCUUCUAUCAAAGUUGCGGUGUCUGCAGACAGAGACUGUAUCCGGGCCUACCAGCCUCAGAUUUCUUCCACCAACUAUAACAUUUUAACACUAAACGUGAAGACAGGCGAGCCCGACAACCUCCUCUUCUACCUGGGGAGCAGCAGCGGCUCUGAUUUCCUGGCAGUGGAGAUGCGGCGAGGGAAAGUGGCCUUCCUCUGGGAUUUGGGCUCCGGGUCAACACGCUUGGAAUUUCCAGACUUCCCAAUUGAUGACAGCAAAUGGCACAGCAUCUAUGUGACCAGAUUUGGAAACAUUGGUUCAUUGAGUGUAAAGGAAAUGAGUGCAUCUCAGAAGCCACCACCAAAAACAAGUAAAUCCCCUGGAACAGCUAAUGUUCUGGAUAUAAACAAUUCAACACUAAUGUUUGUUGGAGGGCUUGGAGGACAGAUCAAGAAGUCUCCUGCUGUGAAGGUUACUCACUUUAAAGGCUGCAUGGGAGACGCUCUCUUGAAUGGACAGUCGAUUGGCCUAUGGAACUACGUUGAGAGGGAGGGGAAGUGCCACGGCUGCUUUGGAAGCCCCCAGAAUGAAGACGCGUCCUUCCACUUUGAUGGGAGCGGGUACUCUGUCGUGGAGAAGAUGCUCCGGGCUACUGUGACUCAGAUAAUUAUGCUUUUCAGCACCUUUUCACCGAAUGGGCUGCUUCUCUACCUGGCUUCAGAUGGCACCAAAGACUUUUUAUCCCUCGAGCUGAUUCAAGGCAGAGUUAGAGUUACCGUUGACCUGGGUUCGGGGCCUCUCGCUCUUAUUACAGACAGACGCUAUAAUAAUGGAACCUGGUACAAAAUUGCCUUCCAGCGAAACAGAAAGCAAGGACUCCUAGCAGUUACUGACGCACAGAACCUUGGCUAUAAAGAAACCAAGCAAGGGGAGACUCCAGGAGCAUCUUCUGACCUCAAUCGUCUCGAUAAGGAUCCAAUUUACGUGGGUGGAUUACCUAGGUCAAGAGUUGUGAGGAAAGGUGUCACCAGCAAAAGCUAUGUGGGCUGUAUCAAAAACCUGGAAAUAUCCAGAUCGACCUUUGAUUUACUCAGAAAUUCCUAUGGAGUGAGAAAAGGCUGUACACUGGAGCCUGUCCGAAGCGUUAGCUUCUUGAAAGGCGGCUACAUGGAAUUGCCACCCAAGUCUUUGUCACCAGAGUCGGAACUGUUGGCAACAUUUGCCACCAAGAACAGCAGCGGCAUCAUCCUGGCUGCCCUGGGCCAGCAUGGGGAGAAGCAGGGCCGUCGGCAGGCCCCUGGGUCUUCCCAGCCCUUCCUUUCCAUCAUGCUAAUUGAAGGCCACAUUGAAGUGCAUGUUAAUCCUGGGGACGGAACCAGCCUGAGAAGAGCUCUCCUGCAUGCCCCCACGGGCACGUUCGGUGACGGCCAAGAGCAUUCCAUCUCCUUGAUAAGGAGCGGGAGAAUUAUCACUGUACAACUGGAUGAGACAACUCCUGUAGAAAUGAAGUUGGGCCCAGCAGCAGAAGGCAGGACAAUAAACGUGUCCAACCUCUACAUCGGGGGGGUUCCAGCAGGCGAGGGGACCCCCAUGCUCAAGAUGAGAAGCUCAUUCCAUGGCUGCAUCCGAAACCUGAUCUGGAACAUGGAACUUUUGGAUUUCACUAGUGCCACUGGCUAUGAGCAAGUGGACUUGGACACCUGCUUGCUCUCAGAAAGGCCGAAGCUGGUUCUUCAUGAAGAGGAUGGUGAACUCCCGCCAGAGCCCCAGCCUUUACCAAGUCCAGGACUGUGUGCCGUGGACAGAGCCCCGGAGUACGUCCCCAACGCCCACCAGUUCGGCCUCACAGAAGGCAGCCACUUCGUGCUGCCCUUUAAUCAGCUGGCUGUCAGAAGGAGGCUCUCGGUUCAGCUAAGAAUCCGAACAUUCGCCUCCAGUGGCCUGAUUUACUACAUGGCUCACCAGAACCAGGUGGAUUACGCUGCUCUCCAGCUGCACGAGGGCCGCCUCCACUUCAUGUUUGACCUUGGGAAGGGCCGGACCAAGGUCUCGCACCCUGCUCUGCUCAGUGACGGCCAGUGGCACACGGUCAAGACAGAGUACUUUAAAAAGAAGGGCUUCAUGAUGGUUGACAACCAGGAGUCUGCCAUGGUAACCACGGUGGGAGAUGCUACCACGCUGGAUGUGGAAGGAAGGCUGUACCUAGGAGGCCUUCCCUCUGAGUACAGGGCCAGGAACAUUGGGAAUGUCACCCACAGCAUCCCUGCUUGCAUUGGGGAGGUGACAGUAAAUGGCAAACAGCUGGGCAAGGACAAUGCAGAGUCCGCAUUUGCAGUCAGCAGGUGCUAUGCCGCAGCUCAGAAAGGAACUUUCUUUGAAGGAAGUGGAUAUGCAGCCCUUGUCAAAGAAGGCUACAAAGUGCAGUCAGAUCUGAACAUCACGCUGGAGUUUCGCACCUCCUCAGAAAAUGGUGUCCUCUUGGGAAUCAGCAGCACCAAAGUGGACGCCAUUGGAUUAGAGCUUGUUAAUGGCAAGCUCUUGUUUCAUGUUAACAACGGUGCUGGCAGGAUAACAGCCACAUAUGAACCCAAAGCUCCAAAUACCCUCUGCAAUGGAAAAUGGCACACUCUUAAAGCAAACAAAAGCAAACAUCGCGUGGUUCUGAUUAUCGAUGGGAAUGCAGUUCGAGCUGAAAGUCCACACACCCAGUCCACCUCUGCCGACACCAACAAUCCUAUUUAUGUCGGUGGCUAUCCUGCUGAUGUAAAGCAAAACUGCCUGAGCAGCCAGACCUCCUUCCGGGGCUGUCUGAGAAAGCUCACUCUGAUUAAGGGCCCACAAGUGCAAUUUUAUGACUUCAGCAGAGCUUUUGACCUACAGGGAGUUUUCCCUCAUUCCUGUCCUGGGACUGAGUCCUGAACUUUGGGGAGACCUCAGUUGGGCAGCGUCACUUACAUAUUGAGGAGAAUGAUUUCGUGAAUUAAAAUCUUUCCAGUUCAGAAUUCAUUUCCAACUCAGGUUAAGUGUUUCCAGAGAGAAAUUUUGUGUUUAUGUUAACCUAAAACCAUGUGUACAACAAAUGCCUCUAUUAAAUAGUUUAAAAUGUAAA